UCGUAAUCACUAGAAUCUUCCUUCACAACCCACUGUUCAGUUUCUCAUUUUCUGACUUAUCUGGCUACCAAAGCAAAGCAAGCAGGACACUUCUUGUGCCGUUGACGGUCUCAGGAUCUGUAUAUCACUGUAGAAAUUUCCAGGGAGGCUCACCAACAACUUGAAAGAUGGUGAAUGAAUAUAAGAGAAUCGUUCUGCUCAAAGGACUCACACCCAUCAGUGAUGAUCAUUUUAGCUUAUUUAAGUCAUUGAUGGCAAGUGAUUUAAGACUGGAGAGAAACAUGCAAGAGCAAUACACCAGGGUUCAGAUUGCUGACAUGAUGGAAGAUGAAUUCCCAUUUGAUGCUGGAUUGGGAAAACUGAUCAAGUUUUGUGAAGACUUACCAGCUCUUAGAAGACGUGCUGAAAUUCUUAAAAAGGAGAGAUCAGAAGUAAUAGGAGAAACAUCACUGGGAAUAAAUUGGCAAGAAGCAGGCCCUGCAGCACCUACAUCAACUACAAGCCUCAUGCUAGCAUCUGAAAGAGGGGAGACUUCCACAGCUCAGGUGGAGACUUCUACAGCUCAGAAAAGAAAAAGUAUGAACAAAGAGAAUACAGGAGUGAAGAAGACCAAGGCAUCUAAGGAACAAGACCAGCCUCCCUGUUCUGAAGAAACCGUAGCUAGAUGCCCGUCACCAAUACCUCAGAUCUCAUCUUCGGCUUCAUCUAUCAUUCCUUUGGCUAAGAAUCAAAACUCACAGCCCCAAAGCCUGAACAUUGCCAGAGGUGUUGUUCUCCAAACAGAACCUCUGACAGUGAUGGUGCUCAAAGCAACAGACCCAUUUGAAUAUGGAACACCAGAACAUGGAGUAAGGAACAUGUUCCAUGCUACAGUGGCUACUGUGAGCCAAUAUUUUCAUGUGAAAGUUUUCAACAUCUACUUGAAAGAGAAGUUCACAAAAAAUAAUUUUAUCAUCAUUUCCAAUUACUUGGAGAGCAAAGGCAUCCUAGAGAUCAAUGAAGCUUCCUCUGUGUUAGAGGCUGCUCCUGACCAAAAGAUUGAAGUGCCCAACCUUAUUAUCAGAAAUUCAAAUAAAACUCCUGAGAUCUGUGAUAUUAAAAAGGGAACUGCUGGAGCAGUGUUUUAUGGAUUGUUUACAUUACACAAGAAAAAAGUGAACCCAAAGAACACAAUCUAUGAAAUGAAAGAUGAUUCAGGAAGCAUAGAAGUGGUGGGGAAUGGAAAAUGGUACAACAUCAACUGUAAGGAAGGAGAUAAGUUCCGACUCUUCUGCUUUCACCUGAAAACAAUUGACAGGCAACCAAAGUUGGUGUGUGGAGAACACAGUUUCAUUAAGGUCACCAAGGCUGGGAAAAAAAAGGAAGCAUCUGCUGCCCAUUCAAGCACAAAAAAAUGAAGAAGAAAAUGGCUAGGAAUUCAAUGCUUUUAAAGUAGAGAUACCAAACACUCACUUCUAAAUAAAAGCUUUAGUAGUACAUCCAAGCAUUUAAUAGUUUUCCUACCUGAUUUCUGAUUUUGUAUUUCAGUUUGUAAAAUUUCUUAUUGUUCUGCUUUUCUAUGAAAACAGCACUAGAUUUAAUUUCUCUAUUGUAAAAAUAAUAAACUUGUCUUUUUAAAGUGACAUAAUUACAAAGUGCUAUGUGUCAUUUGGUUGAUUCAUGAGUGAACUGCUUAAAAGUGGUGUAUUCAUGCUCUGUGUGGAUAAAUAUGUCAGAAUACAUCAGAUUUCAUCAGUGUUCCUGAUCAGAGUCCCGAUUGGACUUAUAGAGUAUAUCUAUAAGAUUCUCUCCCUAUUUGUGGUCUGUUUGGUCUCUCCAUUGAUUGUUAUUUUUGCUAUACACAAUUUCUACACCUUAUGGGGUCCCAUUAAUCAAUCGUUGAUCUUAAUUCACAGAUGAACAAAGUCCCAUUAAGAAGAUGUUUACUGUGAGAAAUGUUCUUGUUGUCUUUUUUAAGACACAAGUUUACCACUUAGGAUGUUUAAAGUUAACGGUACUUGGGAAUGCUAAAUGAAGCACAUUUUUUUUUUUUGUUUAUCAGUACAGAGAAUAACACAUAGACAUGUACAUUAUCCCGUGUUUUGUGUAGCAUCUAUGUUUCAGAUAUAUGGAAUUGUACUGUGUUCUGUGAACUGUUUCUGUGAAAAUAUAGGAAAGCAAAGAUUAUGUUCCCAUAACAAAAUAGAUCAAUUUCUAAGCAGUAUGUAGUAAAUGCAGUUUGAAGAUGUAGUCACAGAACCUCUACUGUGAGAAAAAUUUUUGCUGCCUUCUUAAGAACACAAAUUACCACCCAAAAUAUUUAAAGCCAAGUAUGCAUGUGAAUACUAAAUAAAACAUUGUCUUUUCUGGUUAUUAUCACAGAGAGUAACACACAGGCAUGCACAUUGCACUGUAUUCUGUGAAGCUUGUAUAGUAAAGUACCUUUUUUUUCAGCUACAAUGAAUUAGAGUGCAUUCUGUGACAUGAGUAUGUGAAAAUACAAGAAAGUAAUGAUGAAAUGUGUUUCCAUACCAGAAUGAAUCAAUUCAAAAGCAGUGUGUCCUACAUUCAGGGUGAAGAUUAGUCAUGCAAACUCUAUUGUGAAAAACAUUCUUGUUGCCUUCUU